AUUUGAGACAGAAACGUUAAAAUUGUAAAAUCGUUGCAAAAGCUGAAGAAAGAAAAGGUGCGGUGGUGUCGAGUUGUUUUGUUUCCUCUGAAAAUUGACAGAGCUCGCGCACACACACACAACGCAAAUACUCGCUUCGUAUCAGAUCCGAAUCCCUCUUCGUUUUGCCGAUUCGGAUCUCCGAUUGAUCUCCUUCUCCGAUUCCUCCUCGUCGCAAUUGGAUCCGAUUUGAGCUUCUUGCCGUACAUAAUCACCGUCAAUCAUGAACCCGUUCUCGUCAGGAACGCGUUUGAGGGACAUGAUCCGGGCAAUUCGUGCUUGCAAGACUGCAGCAGAAGAACGGGCUGUUGUAAGAAAAGAGUGCGCUGCCAUUCGUGCAGCAAUAAAUGAAAAUGAUACUGAUUAUCGGCAUCGAAAUCUGGCUAAGCUAAUGUUCAUCCACAUGCUUGGUUACCCCACACAUUUUGGUCAAAUGGAAUGCCUCAAGUUGAUAGCAUCUCCUGGAUUUCCGGAGAAGAGAAUAGGUUAUCUUGGCCUCAUGUUGCUUCUGGAUGAAAGACAAGAAGUUCUCAUGUUGGUCACCAAUUCUUUGAAACAAGAUCUUAAUCAUACAAAUCAGUAUAUAGUCGGACUUGCCCUUUGUGCUUUAGGAAACAUUUGUUCAGCGGAAAUGGCACGUGAUCUUGCACCAGAGGUUGAGAGAUUAUUGCAAUUUCGAGAUCCAAAUAUUAGGAAGAAGGCAGCAUUAUGCUCUAUAAGGAUCUUAAAGAAAGUUCCAGACUUGGCAGAAAAUUUUAUCAAUCCUGCUACUGCCUUACUUAGGGAGAAGCAUCAUGGGGUUUUGAUCACUGGGGUUCAGCUUUGUACAGAUCUGUGUAAAAUUAGCGCUGAAGCUCUUGAAAAUAUUAGGAAGAAAUGCACAGAUGGUUUGGUCAGAACUCUUAAGGAUCUAGCAAAUAGUCCAUAUUCACCAGAGUAUGAUAUUGCUGGUAUCACAGACCCAUUUCUCCACAUCAGAUUGCUUAAACUUUUGCGGGUGUUGGGUGAAGGUGAUGCUGAUGCUAGUGACAGCAUGAAUGACAUACUUGCCCAGGUGGCUACGAAGACCGAGUCAAAUAAAGUUGCAGGGAAUGCCAUUUUAUAUGAAUGUGUUCAAACAAUAAUGAGCAUUGAAGAUAAUGGCGGCUUACGUGUACUAGCCAUUAAUAUCCUGGGAAGAUUCUUGUCAAACCGUGACAACAAUAUCAGAUAUGUGGCAUUAAACAUGCUAAUGAAGGCUGUAACAGCUGAUGGUCAGGCAGUACAGAGGCACCGUGCAACAAUUUUAGAGUGUGUGAAGGAUUCAGAUGCUUCAAUUCGGAAAAGAGCCCUUGAACUUGUUUAUGUUUUGGUCAAUGAUACUAAUGUGAAGCCCUUGGCGAAAGAACUAAUAGAUUAUCUUGAAGUCAGUGAUCAGGAUUUCAGAGCUGACCUUACUGCGAAAAUUUGCUCCAUUGUAGCAAAGUUUUCCCCAGAGAAGAUCUGGUACAUUGAUCAGAUGCUCAAGGUUCUGUCUGAGGCUGGAAAUUUUGUAAAAGAUGAGGUAUGGUAUGCCUUAAUUGUUGUGAUAACCAAUGCUUCUGAGCUUCAUGGAUAUACCGUAAGAGCAUUGUACAGAGCAUUUCAAACGUCAGCUGAACAGGAGACUCUAGUUCGAGUUACAGUGUGGUGCAUUGGGGAGUAUGGUGACAUGUUAGUCCAUAAUGUUGGAAUGCUUGACAUAGAAGAUCCAAUAACAGUGACUGAGUCUGAUGCAGUUGACAUUGUAGAGAUUGCCAUUAACCGUCAUGCAUCAGAUCUUACCACAAAAGCGAUGGCUUUGGUUGCAUUAUUAAAACUCUCUUCACGUUUCCCUUCAUGUUCAGAGAGGAUCAGAGAAAUUAUUGUUCAGUUCAAGGGGAGCUUUGUGCUAGAAUUGCAGCAGAGAGCUAUUGAAUUCAAUGCGAUUAUUGCAAAGCAUCAAAAUAUUAGGUCUACUCUUGUAGAAAGGAUGCCAGUUUUGGAUGAAGCAACCUUUAUUGGUAGGAGGGCUGGGUCUCUGCCAGGUGCAGCUUCAACUACAACUGUACCAUCAGUUAGUCUACCAAAUGGUGUUGCCAAACCUGUGGCUCCUCUUGUAGAUCUACUCGAUCUAAGUUCAGAUGAUGCUCCUGCACCUAGCUCUUCUGGUGGAGAUUUUCUUCAGGACCUUUUGGGUGUUGAUCUUGCUCCAGCAUCACAACAAUCUGCAGCUGGCCAAGAUUCAAAAAGUGGCAAUGAUGUUCUUUUGGACCUUUUGUCUAUUGGAUCACCUUCCCAAACCAGCUCAUCUACAGUAGACAUCUUAUCCUCCAAUUCUAGUAACAAAGCACCAGUUUUACCAUUGGAUGAUCUCUCAUCUGUUUCACUUUCCUCAAAAGCAUCUUCGAAUGCUGCUCCUAUGAUGGAUUUAUUGGAUGGUUUUGCCCCCAGCCCACCUACAGAAAACAACGGACCAGUUUAUCCAUCUAUAACUGCGUUUGAGAGCAACUCCUUGAGAUUGACAUUCAAUUUCUCAAAACAACCAGGAAACCCACAAACUACAGUUAUCGAGGCUACAUUUACGAAUUUGACCUCUAAUACAUAUACAGAUUUUGUUUUCCAGGCAGCUGUUCCCAAGGUAUGCCAAUCAAUAUGCUAUUGAACUUUCUGCAUGAAG